AUGGCGCGUCGACGGGAGCGGGAAGUCCCGCGCGCCGCGAGCCGCCGAGAGCUCCGCGCGCCAGACGGCGCGGGCGGGGCGGAGGCUCUCCGCCAAUCGGCGCCCGGCGCGAACCGCGCGCGGCCAACGGGAGGCGGCGGGCGGCGUGAUCGCGGCGUGCAGGGGCGCUGCCGGAGGGGGGGGCGGCGCGUGGGCGCGGCCCGCGGCGGCGGGCGGGAAGGCGGCGCGCCAGGGGGCGGGGGAGAGGAGCUGGAAACUGGGGGAAAGGUUAAAGCCGUUUUCCUGCCGCUACCCGCUCACGCAAAACGCCCGUUCCCUCAUUACAUAUACGCUUGCAGGAGGAGCGGUCCCCGCGCACACCCACCCACGUGCCGCCCCGGGGCAGCCCCGUUAUGCACCAGCGAUGAACGGAUAAAGCGCGAGCUGCGCUCCGUGCCCGGCCCUGCAGCCCUGCAGCUCUCCCACCCACGCCGCGUCACACCUAAGCGGGGCCCGUCCCUGCAAGCCGGGGCUCCGGAAGGCUGCCGACGGCGAGGGAGGGCCGGGCGCACACGGGGACGCGAGGCUCCCAGCUCCACGCCGCAGCUCGGAGCCCCGCAGUGCGCGCUGCCGGCAGUGAGUCAUACAGCACCGCGAGGCGGCAAGGACGGACGGACAGCCCCGGCUCCACGCGGCACCGCCCCGAAUCCAAAGCCCAGCUCCGAGAGCGCCGUUCAAACGCCCCUCGUACUGCGGCCGCUCGGGGCCGUGCCCGCAGCCCUGCGCAGCCCGCUCCUAAGCGCCAGCUCCCCUCCCCGCCCGCCCCACGCCGUUCCCUCGGGCCCUGGCCGUGUCACAGAGGCCAGGAAAGGCAGCCGCGCUCGCUGCACAGAAGACUCAGCGUUAGAAAUGAACAUAUAAAAUUUAAUAGCUUGGUUUAAAAUACGUUUUCAAUUAAAAAACAGGAGGCAAAACCAAAAAAUCAGUUCCGUAACACAUACAUGAGGUUGCUGCUACAGAGAGAAGACCCGUGUCCCAGAGAGCCUUAGAGGAAAGCAAUGGGCAGAUUUAGUUCACAUACUUCAUUACACAGUAAAAAAGAAAUAACGGUUGUGUCAACCCUACCCCUACAGAGACCCUAAACUACUUCCCUGACCCCAGAUUGAGUUUGUGUAAUAGAACUUCCACUUUCGAUACAAAUGUGUCAAUAUAUACGGAUUCUAUAUACCAGGUUAAAAAAUCCCCUUGCAGCAGUGCCCCUAACUCACAAGGGAGGCCCGAAGGAGGCAGGGCCGUGCCAGCUCCCCCCAGGCCCAAGCAGGCUGUUGGCAGGUGUGAGCAGGAGGGCACGCGGUGCUGAGAGGGAAGGAGGGGGAAUGGGACGCUCUGAGAGCUUGCCUGGGGUCGGCCCGAGCAUAAAUCCCAAAAUACCACAGUUCACCUAAGUCAUAAAAUAAUAACAAAAUACACGGCAGGGAGGGAUUUCAGGUCGGAAACCUCAUCCCAGCACCAGGGCAGGAAUAACUGCACCCCCAGCCACCAGGGUAUGUCAUCCAGCCUGGCUCUGGAGAGCUCUGAUGCCAAAGGCCACAGCCCUCCCUGGGCAACCUUCUCCAUCUGCAACCUGAAUUUCUGCAACUUAAGCCCACCACAAGGAGCAGGAGCACACAUCAACGCGUUUGGAGACUCUGCUCCCUCAGCCCUGAGCUCCUGGCAGGACAGCAGUGGGAAGAACUGGCCCAAAGCAGGGCACUGUGCUGUGGCCGAGGCUCCCUCAGAGCCCAGUGGGACACCGAGCAAGGCUCAGGCAUUUUGCAGCCUGUGCUUCUGUUUGUAAAACUCGGUGUGACAUCUACGUCCCUUUUCCAAACAGCAGCACGAUGCAGCCGGACAACACUGGGUUACCACUCGCUGAUGGCUCAGGGGACACAUGAACCAUUCAGCAGAAUCACGUCCUACUUUGCCAGCCAGCUUCUCCAGCCUAUCCAGGUCAACCCAGGGCAAUGCACGUCCAACCCACCCCCCAGCUUUGUGCUGCAAACCUCCCAUUAACACAGACUACUGCCAUCAGCACCAGUCCCAGAACUUCCUACCUGCUCACAUCCCACCCUGCAUGCAGGUGGCUGCAGCUGUUACUGUGCACCUCUCCCUUGCUGCUAACCAGAGGGCACUUUCCCUUCCUAAGCAGAAAGGCACAGUGACUAAGCACUAUAGAAUUUACUGCAGUGGCUGGUUUUGGAGGUUUUUUGGAGGCUUCUGGCAGCUGGGACCAGAUUGACUGCUGCUACCAGCUGCCCUCAUUGGUGCAGGGCCCUGGUUCCCUUCUGCACCACCCAACACCUUGCCAAACACUGGAUUUCUCCAGACCGAGCUGCUGCCACAGGGCUUGGCAGAGGUCUGGGGGAACCCUAAGCAUACUGCCACAGACAGAAAUCCACCCUGCAGAAGACUUCCUGACUCCUCAAAGUGAGGUUUCAAGGAACCUGAAUGUGCUCAGCUUUUCUUGGGGCAUAGCCUCUCGGCCUCAGCCCAGACCACCCUGAGGGCAGCAGGACACUGCUGCUCAGAGCCAGGACAGGCAGGAGGCAGAGCUGCCAGUGCCUUGCUGUCCAGAGGGGUUGAGGAGAGCUGCUACCCUUCCCUCCACACAGGAAAAUGCAUGCUGAACAAGGUUUCUGCACGUUCUACGAACAUACCAAUGUGUGCUCACCUUUGGUGCAUGUUAAGGCUUUGUCCUUUUUUUAAAUAGCUACGUUAAAUAUCUGUUUUCUCUGUAUAUGGCAUCCUUUUAGAUGGGCUUCUUUGCAUAUAUUCAUGGUAUAUACACAAACACCAUAUUUUAUAUAUAUUAUAUAUCACUUGUAUGUACACAUUUACAAACCUUCAAAAAUAUAUUGCACUUAUAUACAAUAUAGCUUCAUCUGAUGAGAGUUCACACAAUUACUAAGGCAAGUUCUUCAUAA